AUGGAAAUCCCAGUUCCCUCUGAGGAGUACUCCCCGCUGACUGAUGGUGACCAUGGUGACCGCGAUGUCAAGGCCUUCGAGAAUGCAUCUACAAACGUUGCAGCGUCACAGAUGCGCAAUGCCCUCAAUGCCCUCGCCGAUACCGUCACGGAUCCCAAGGAAAAGCAGCGUUUUGAAGCAGAGAUGGACAACUUCUUUUCUCUAUUUCGACGAUACCUAAACGACAAGGCAAAAGGCAACGUCCUGUCCUGGGAUCGCAUUGCUCCCCCACAACCAAGCCAAGUCGUCGAGUACAGUGAACUGGGGAAUUCGGCUUCAGUCGACUUUUUGAAGAAGUUGGCCGUGAUCAAGCUGAAUGGUGGCUUGGGGACGUCGAUGGGCUGUGUUGGACCCAAAUCCGUCAUCGAGGUUAGAGAGGGCAUGUCCUUCUUGGACCUAUCUGUCCGGCAGAUCGAGUACCUGAACCGCACGUACAACGUUAAUGUGCCGUUUGUGCUUAUGAACUCCUUCAAUACCGACGAGGACACCCAGUCGAUAAUCAAAAAGUACGAGGGACACAACAUUGACAUCCUGACGUUCAACCAGUCUCGAUAUCCCCGCAUUCUCAAGGAUUCGUUAUUGCCUGCCCCCAAAAGCUAUCAGGCCCCCAUCACGGACUGGUACCCCCCCGGUCAUGGUGACGUUUUCGAGUCACUCUAUAACUCUGGGACGUUAGACAAACUCUUGGACCGAGGAGUGGAGAUUGUUUUCCUUUCCAACGCGGACAACUUGGGUGCUGUUGUCGACAUGCGGAUUCUGGAACACAUGGUGAAGAACAAGGCGGAAUAUAUAAUGGAACUAACUGACAAGACUAAAGCCGACGUCAAGGGUGGUACCAUCAUCGACUACGAGGGCCGGGCCCGCCUGCUCGAAAUCGCCCAGGUGCCCAAGGAGCACGUGAACGAAUUCAAAUCCAUCAAGAAAUUCAAAUAUUUCAACACCAACAAUAUCUGGAUGAACCUGCGCGCCAUCAAGCGCGUCGUGGAGCACAACGAGCUCGAAAUGGAAAUCAUCCCCAACGACAAGUCCAUCCCCGCCGACCGCAAAGGCGAGGCCGACAUCUCCAUCAUCCAGCUCGAAACCGCCGUCGGCGCCGCGAUCCGCCACUUCAAAAACGCUCACGGCGUCAACGUCCCGCGUCGCCGCUUCCUGCCUGUCAAGACCUGCUCCGAUCUCAUGCUGGUCAAGUCCGACCUGUACACGCUCCAGCACGGGCAGCUGGUUAUGGACCCCAACCGGUUCGGCGGCGCGCCACUAAUCAAGCUAGGAAGUGAUUUCAAAAAGGUUUCCGAUUUCCAGAAGCGGAUUCCCAGCAUCCCGCGGAUCCUGGAGCUCGAUCACUUGACGAUCAGCGGCGCGGUCAAUCUCGGUCGCGGUGUGACGAUGAAGGGCACUGUGAUAAUCGUGGCGACGGAGGGCAGCACGAUUGAUAUACCCCCCGGCUCCGUUCUUGAGAACGUCGUCGUGCAGGGAAGUUUGAGGAUCUUGGAACACUAA